CUGUAGUACCGUGAUCUGCGCGUGGAGACCAUGGCGUUCCUGUGCAGUAUGUGACGGGGAUAACGGCAAAUAUAACUCCGACAGCGGGUUGUUGUCACAUUAUUCUGAGGAACGGAUUGGAUUUAAAUUAAGGAUAAAAUGGGCUCUCGUAUCAAGGAGAGCCCUGGGUCACCAUUUGAGGUGUACAUGGAGGUGGUGCAUUCUGGGACGGCUGGCUCUGGACCAGAGGUACGAAGGAGUUUCCCCGACACAUACACUGACCAGGAAACGUUACAGACUAUCCCAAAGUUUUGUUUCCCCUUCAAUAUGGACAGUAUGACAGUGGGCCAGGUGGGGCAGAACUUCACAUUUGUCCUGACGGAUAUCGAGAGCAAACAGCGCUUUGGUUUCUGCCGGCUCUCAUCAGGAGCUCACAGCUGCCACUGCAUCCUCAGCUACCUGCCCUGGUUUGAGGUGUUUUACAAGCUGCUGAAUAUCCUGGCAGACUAUACAACCAAAGGACAGGACAGUCAGUGGAGAGAGUUGUUAGAGUCUCUACACACGUUAAACAUCCCUGACCCUGGCGUGCCUGUGCAUUUGAGUGUGCAUUUGUUUUUCACAGUGCCUGAUCCUAGGGAAUUACCCAGUAUACCUGAAAAUAGAAAUCUGACAGAGUAUUUCGUAGCAGUGGAUGUGAAUAACAUGCUGCAUCUGUACGCUAGCAUGCUGUACGAAAGACGAAUCCUCAUUAGCUGCAGCAAGCUGAGCACUUUAACCGCAUGUGUUCAUGGUGCAGCAGCCAUGUUGUAUCCCAUGUACUGGCAGCAUGUUUACAUUCCAGUCCUGCCACAGCACUUAAUAGAUUACUGCUGUGCUCCAAUGCCAUACCUCAUCGGAGUGCAUUCCAGUCUUAUGGAGAAGGUGCGAGGUAUGGCUUUAGAUGAUGUGGUACUUCUCAAUGUAGACACAAACACUCUUGAAACGCCGUUUGAUGACCUGCAAAGCCUUCCUAAUGAUGUGGUUUCAUCUUUAAAGAACCGCCUAAGAAAAGUUUCCUCGACGACAGGAGAUGGAGUGGCCAGAGCGUUUCUGAAAGCGCAGGCAGCUCUGUUUGGUAGUUACAGGAACGCGCUACACAUUGAACCGGAGGAGCCAAUUACGUUCAGUGAGGAAACGUUCAUCACCCACAGAUCCAGCACAAUGAGACAGUUUCUACAGAACGCUAUACAGCUACAGUUCUUUAAACAGUUUAUAGAUGGGCGUCUGGAGCUGUUGAACUCUGGUGAAGGGUUCAGCGAUCAGUUUGAGGAGGAGAUCAACAUGGGAGAAUAUGCUGGCAGCGAUAAGACAUAUCAGUGGCUUUUCACAGUGAAGAAGGGUAGUGGGGCCAUCUUAAACACAGUGAAGACAAAGGCAAAUCCUGCGAUGAAGACAGUUUACAAAUUUGCCAAAGAUCAUGCCAAGAUGGGCAUCAAAGAAGUAAAGAGUAGACUCAAACAAAAGGAGCUUACAGAGAAUGGUUUCUCAGAAGACCCUGGCUCCACCCACCUACCCUCCACACAAAGUAAAGACUCCCUCACCUGGGACCAGAGACGUCCAAUCACAGUUCACUUUGGACAGACUGAGCAGUCACGUUCCCCACGGCCCCCUCGGCCACAACGUCCCCCUCCCCCCCAUCCCUCCAAACUACAGCGCAGCACACUACCAGCUCGACCUCCUCGGCCUCUGGUGCCAAAGAGACCACGAAGUAACAUUGGCAUAGAAGGAAGCCCUGAACAUUACGUGCGUCCAACCCGUCACUAUACAGUGUUUCUGUGCGAGGAUUCUUCGGGUGACGAGCUGUCUCAGGAUGACGACUCCAUUGCUGCUUUUCCUGAACACUUCCUGCUUUCUGCUCCUUUUGAAUGGCCCAAGCAAUACAGGUCUCUGAAAGAGGCAGAGCUUGUGGAAGAAGGUGAGGAGGUUGGGGAGCGCUUCCAAGGUAACACUGCUCCGUCCAGCCCUGUGCUAGACAAGUUCUCUGACCUGAGCCUGUUGCAGGAUGCCUUCCGUAGUCAGCAGGGGGAGCCAGAAUGUACAGAAACCACAAAUACCACAAAACCCUCUCACAGCACACACUCUACACUCAGUUCCGCCAGAAGUUUGGAGGAGCUUCGAGCAGACCCACAACAUGCCAAUUUCAACUACCAGCGGAUGGAUCUUACUUCUGGUGAGCGCACACGCACACUCCCUGGUCUUAAAACCACCAAUCCGUACAGCAAGCUCUGGAGCCACAGAGAAGACCCAUCCACGUUGCUUGGCCAAGAGUCACCUUCCUGGGAGAGACCUCUCUCCGUGCCACCCUUGGAACCCCCAGAGGCACUGCCACCCAGCAGAGAGAGUUCAAAUCCCAGUGGAGAGAAGACCGAAGGGGCUUGUAUCACAAUCCCUCGUCCCCAAGGUCGAAAAACACCUGAGCCGGGUGCAGUUCUGGCACCCGCUGUGACCCUGCUGCGCGGGGUUAAACAGACCAGCGAAAAGGAGGGAGGAGUGUCUGCUGGAGGGCAAGAGUUUCGGCAAGCACUGAACAUGUCUCCUCACUCCCAAUCACAAACUCAAACGGACUUGUUGAAGCCCAACGAGCCGAACGAGGGACAGGACUUGCUCAGCUUGUUGGACCCUCUGUGCGGAGCAACGAAGAAUGAGGCCACCCCGUCCCUCACUAAACCCCCUAUACCUCCUCGACCCAACCCCCCAAACCUCCCUGCCUUGCCCCCUCCAGUAUCACUGAACCCCUUUACCCAACCACCCCAGUACCAGCCACAAAGGCACUAUAGUCCUGUUGUCCCAGGUAACCCUUUUGCCCCAGCCUACAUGCCUCCCCCAGGUGCCAACUACUUUCCCACUUCUGCCCAUCCGUUCUCAGUAUUCGUUCAAUCAUCUGCUGUGGGUGUGACCCCAACUGGAGGGGCGUGGCCAGUUGGACGCGUUCCUCCAUCCUCCAGCAGUAGCGGCUCUCUUUCAACCCUCUUGGACUCACCUGCUCCUACUACUCCAGCCCAGCCUGCGCAAGUCUCUAGAGACGAACCCCGUGACCCAUUCAGUGACCUUCUUACUAUGGCAACCACACCAACUGUAAUGACCACGCCCCCCAAAAAGAAAGUAGAUGAUUUGCGAAGAAGGUGGGAAACGUUUGACUAGCUGCGCCCACAUCUUUCCUCUACGGCUGCUACCAAACAGAGAGGAACUGCAAAUUAAGAGCCAGUGGGUAUUUAAGAUUGUGCCCCUAGUGGCCUGAAAGCACUGUUGGACAUUUUCCCUCUCAGAGUGUAUUGUGCUUUUUUUUUUUUUUUUGCAUCUAGCUCACACAAUUAGCCUUAUGCACACAGAUGCUAAUGAUGUAUUUCCCCUAGCAUCCGGAUGAACCAUGUUGUUCCAGUAGCAGCAAGUUUAACACUGAAAAACCAUAUAAGCAGGAUAACACUGUAUUUUCUGUAGCUAGCAGUCUAGUUUCCAUAGGGAUCAGACUACAACACUAAAAAUACCACACAGUAAUAUGACCCAAGUCCUACACUAGCGAUUAGACUGCUAUUGUUGCGUUUAUGGCGGCAAUUGCACAUCCUCUUAACAAUCAGUACUGUUUUAAUAAGAAGCUUGUUUUUUAACCCUACACACAUAUUAAUUCAAACCGUUACACCUUAACAUCCAAUUUCUUGUACGAACUUCUACAUACAAUUGUUAAAUUGGCAUUUAUAAUGCAUCUGAAUACAAAUAUUUGCUAAUCCCUAGUAGAUGGCAUACUACACAUCCCACACUACUUGUUACAUGACACAAGGGCAUACUACAUUCUGGACUCUAUAAUACAAAUUGCAUAUAAUGUUAUGAUUGCAGUAUCUGCCGUGUACUUCAUAUUUGCACUACAUUACAUACAGCAUACAAUAAUGCAUACUGCUCUAGAUAUCAUGCCCUAGUAGAAGCUGUAUACUACUCACUGGUUAGAGCAUAGAGUGUGAUAAAGUGCAGCUGAAUGGUAGUGCUCAGAACGGGUCGGAGUAAACAGCCCUGUAGAACACAACACUGCCCACUAGAGGUCUGAAGUCAUAGGUCAAAAAUGCAGUAUGCAUUUGAUGCAUUCAUUUUUGACCAAAAAAAGUGUAAUAUGUGUACAGUAGGUAAACCAAUCACGAGUGUGUUUUUAGGUCAAAUACUGGUACCGGCUUUACCUAUAGUUCUGCUUGCCUGCGUGUCAGUCCAAAAGUAUUAAAAUGGGUCUUAUGAAACAGGGUUCUGUUCGGUUUCAAAAUAGUUUAGUUUAGAUGCUAUAAUUGUCCACGUGCUUUGAUUUGAUGUUAAAGUUCUCGUUUUAUUCUGAGCAUCACAUGAUAGACUUACAGCUUUCAUAAAGCGACCAGUCACCACCCUUCUUUUUAGCACUACCAUUUCCAUCUAAUCUGCUACUGCCAUGCACUCUGCAUUAUGGGUAUUUAUUCUAAUAGAGCCUUUUUGCGCAUUUUAAAUAUACAUUAUGCUAUAAAAUGUGUUAAAAUGAAUCCUUACUCUAACAGCUGGUUUUCUUGUCAUAGACUGUGCCUGUUUUCUGGGUUUAGUUCAGCACUAUACACAAUCUGUGUUGGAGGAUCUUUGUUUCUUGCCAUUUUUUGCUAUAUUUUUGUCUGAGACUUGCAAGUAUAGGAGAACACUGUUUGUGCAAAUCUUGACAUGGAAAAGAAUUGUGUACAACCAAACACUCAAAUCCAAAAGAAACAUGUUUUUGUCCAUGUCAGGGAACAUCAGGGAGUGAACUGGUGUCUCUUCUCUGGUUUUAUUGCUGUAUUUAAAGAUAUGAAAUAAUGUUAUUUGUGUUAUUAAAGUGUUCUUGAACAUCUCUAUUCACCCUGUAGAGCUGUUAGAAGAUCACGUUUUCUGUUA